GGUUCUGGUAAAACACUUAUAACGAGAACAUCAAAUAACGAUAUAAAGAAUUUAAAUGAUGAAAUUCUUGGAGUAUUUCCAAAUGACGCUUUAAAAGACCAAAAUGGUUACUAUUCAUUAAAUACCAAUCAGUUAACUACCAAAAAUGGUAAUAAUCAAAGCGAUAAUAAUUUACAAAAACAAAUAGAUCAGCUAACUGCUAUGAUGAUGAACAUGCAAACUGCUAUGAAUAGAAUUAUAAAUAGACAAAGUUCUAUGUUCAAUGUCCUGAAGAAUAAAUCUAAUAAUACAACUUUAAUAUUACAUUUAUCCGAUAAAAUUAGAGACUCUGUUUUUCAAUAUACGGCAAAAGAAUAUGAAUAUGUCGUUGAAGCUUUAAGUGCUAAAUACACUAAACAAGUGUCAAGAGAAGACUCCAAAUGGUAA